CGCUUUGACCGCUUGGCUCCCAUUGGUGAUUUGAGGGCUGAAUUUUAAUCUCCAGGAAGAUGGCGUACCAGUGCAAACAACCGUGCGUGGGUCCUCCUUCUUUUGUGAAAGGGAGCACGAUAAGCUAUGUGGACGCGGACGCCGACAAGUCCUCCGACGUGCCCCCCUGCAUUGAACCAUGCCAAGCGGCACCCAUGGAUGCAUCUAAAACUGCGGCCGUUGGAAGCCAAACAGCGGGCACGAAAGCAAGCAAGGCGGCCGUGAAGGCAGCUGAUACGACGGAGGUUUGCGCUAAAGUGGCCGUCGGACGGAGCAAAGUGGUGUGCACCGAGGGAUGUGGCAACUUUCCCACAAAGACCAUCAAAUCUUCGACACCGAGCCAAGCCCAAGGACCAACUUGUGUCCCCGUGUGCAAAACACCCGACCAAGGUCCAGCUUGCGUCCCUGUCUGUACAUCACCGAGCAGUGCCCCAGCUUACGUCCCCAUCUGCAAAACCCCCGACCAAGGUCCGGCUUAUGUCCCCGUCUGUACAUCCCCUAGCAAAGGUCCAGUUUGUGUUCCUGUCUGUGCAACGCCUGGCCAGGGUCCGACUUACAUCCCUGUUUGUGUCGCACCUGGCCAUGCCCCAGCUUAUGUCCCCAUAUGCACGACACCAGGCCACCCUCCAACUUAUGUCCCCGUCUGCACGUCACCAGGCCAUCCUCCAACUUAUGUCCCGGUCUGUGCAACACCGGGCCAAGCUCCAACCUGUGUCCCUGUCUGCACAACACCAGGCCAAGCUCCAACCUGUGUCCCUGUCUGCACAACGCCAGGCCAAGCUCCGACUUCUGUCCCCGUCUGUGCAACACCAGGCCAAGCUCCAACCUGUGUCCCUGUCUGCACAACUCCGGGCCAAGCUCCGACUUCUGUCCCUGUCUGCACAACACCAGGUCAAGGUCCAACCUAUGUCCCUGUCUGCACAACUCCGGGUCAAGGUCCAACCUAUGUCCCUGUCUGCACAACUCCGGGUCAAGGUCCAACCUGUGUCCCUGUCUGCACAACACCAGGUCAAGGUCCAACCUAUGUCCCUGUCUGCACAACUCCGGGUCAAGGUUCAACCUGUGUCCCUGUCUGCACAACUCCAGGCCAAGCUCCAACCUGUGUCCCUGUCUGCACAACUCCGGGUCAAGGUCCAACCUGUGUCCCUGUCUGCACGACUCCGGGCAAAGCUCCAACCUGUAUCCCCGUCUAUGCAACACCAGGCCAUGCUCCAACCUGUGUCCCUGUCUGCAAAUCACCUUCCCGAGUUCCUUACUCUGGAAUGUCUUGUAAAUCUCCGCCCUCUUCCCCAGUCUGGUAUGUUCAAUGUUGUCGCAGUGGCUGCGGCGGCGGCUGCGGCUACAUGUUCCUUGUUACGCACCCAGCCCAAGGUGUGACACCUUACACAUGCUGUUCACGCUCACCCAGUAGCAAAUCACAAGGUUAAUGCUUUGGGGGAGCUCAUUAUCUUUGGAAUGAAGAAAUGAAUGAGCAACGGGUCCCGGCCCAAUCCGCCUUAGCUUUCUCUUGCAUGUCCAAGGGUGCACCUUGGCGUUCCUUUGCGCAUCCAAGGGUGCACCUUUAGCAGCUUCAGGCUUGCACUCUUUUGUCUCCUGCUCAUUAAAAUAUGCACAAUGCGAUGCUUUCUCUGAGAGGGUGAACAAAAUAACAGCUAUCUCCCUCCAAAGUAUCCCAUAUACAUUGGAGAGAACAAUGUUAUGGGCUAGGUUAGGGUUUUGGUUUCAGUUGCUUAAAAAUAUGAAUUUUAAGUUCGGAUUGUGAAUAUGCAGCUUUAUUAUUUUUUUGUAGCCAGAGUGCUUUAAACUGCCUAGCAUCUCUUGACGGCACUGAUUUUGAGAGAGGUCGGAGGCAGAGCCCAGUUGGCUGUGAUCUCUCAAAGUCUAUCAGAUAUUUCAGAGUGAUCACUGGCACGACGGAGCUGUCCAAGUCAAUCCACACUACGCAGUCGAAUGCUAGAUCCCUGUGUGUCAGCCACCACAUUCAAUAUCAAAGUGACCCUUAGACAUUAAUGACCACAUGGUGUCCUAUAUGAAAAUGUGGAAAUCAGAUACCAAAUAUGAAGUAAAAGUUCAGGAAUUCAUGGAAAUGAUCAUUCAAGAUCCACAGACGUCCAAGGGAAAUUUCUGCAAGGAAGUGCCGUUCAGUUCAGCUCUGCAUGGAACCCAUAUUUUCCUUCAUGCGUCCCCCUCUUCCCUCAUCUCUGCAAUGUUGCCUCAAAACAUACAUCAAAUAAAAGCUUCUUUUUUUGCUAUAGCACAAUCUGAGUCUUGUUUUGCAGAAUUUGCCUUGAUUCAUACUAAGGGAUAAGGGAGGUUUUGAUGAGAUUAGAAAAUUUCCAAAGGGUGGUGAUAUGCCCAUGCCUAAAUUGUGACAGAAAUCAGGUUUAAUACCAUCACCUUGAAUUCAAUUUCUACAGGGGUGUCAAACAUGUGGCCCGGGGGCUGGAUCAGGCCCCCAGACGGCUUCUAUCAGGC